AUGCUCGAAAUGAGCUGGCAGGGGCUGACAGAAGCCGACGUCUUGGCGUCGGCCACUUCGAGGCCCCCAGCGACGUAUGCGAACGAGGUGGGAAGUGUCGCAAUUACUGUUUCGUGCAUGGCGAACAACAAGUCUGUCGUCCAUGCAAAGCGCCACGCCUUUGGGGGUCCAUACGGAUCCGUCCCCAGUCUAUCUUCCGAGGCGAAGGCAUCCGGUCUUGGCAUCAAGGUUACGAUGGCGUGA